AAACCUUCAUUUUCCGAACUGAUGAAGCAAACGAACCCAAGUGUUCUCUGUGAGACUGUCGAGUACUAUCUGUCAUGUUUAGAGUCAUCGUCUCCCAAGUCCGCUCCAUUAUCUUUCCUUUGAUAUAACGUAGUUGAUCCAAGUGGCACUAGUGAGAGUUUUAAUUUGGAAAAGGUGCUUAUUUCUUGUCUUCAAGAUGUACCAAGCAAUCUGGGAGAAGAAGCCUGCCCAUUUGUUAGGCCACUCUAGAAACAAGAGAUUUUCUAUAUUUCUCAUGAACCAGGUCUCUCGAUUAGCUGAGAAGAAUUGUUGUUGAAGUGAAGCUGGCACAAUCGUUUCUCAUAUAUUCUUUGUCAGUAAACAGUCUCUCAAGCAACAGUCAGUUUGUAUCAUGCAACUCAAACUUUGAGAUGAUGUGGGGAAAUCAUCCAAACCAAAUAGUUCAGAAAUCGGCAGGCAGUACCAAUUGGCGUCACAACGGGAAGCAAUUGACAGGCAGUAGCGGCCUCUACAACGUCGCCAAAAGGCCAAAGGUCAAACAAUUGGAAGUUUCCGAUCAUCGGUGCUCUACUCUCCAACACCGACAAGGUUCCGAUGGAUACCUCUCUCCGACCGGCAUUUAUGAUGGGCUCUACGAUUACGGUCAAAGAUGUCUUGUGUACCACUUGGAAGCCAUAAGGGACAUCGAGAUCAAGUUACUAGAGCUGAGAUUCAAAUACCUGACGCUUGGAAGGCUGGAAGAAGCGGUGCCCUGAGCGCCUGAGAAAUGGCAAAAAUGGCAUCGUUUUGGGGAGCUCAACCACUUCGUCAAAAAGUCAUCCCAAAGCAUCUUGAUUCAUUGGCCACGUGUUUGGAGCGCUCUGAGUUGCUGAAUGACGUUGGAGCUACAGUUUUAUCUCCAUGGAAAGCCUAACCAAAGGCCUAAAAAUAGGUCACUAGAGAUAGGAAAUAAAGAAAAGGAGACGAGAGGUCAAGGAAGGGUCGUUACUCUGUCGAUAGAGCAACCUCCUAACGUAGAAUGAGACCGACCUACAAGGGAGAAUCGGUGCCCAAAAUAGAGCCACUGGCCUGUUUUCUCUUUCACCGGCACAUAUCUAGUGGACAUCUUGAUGUCUUCGUUUCCAUCGAUGAACACCCAGGAACUCCUACCCAUGGAUGACUAAUUUUCUUAGUUGCAUCAUAGGUAUGUGAACUCUAGUGGUUCUAACCAUGUAAGCAAUGUAGUUAAAAGCUAUAGUUUAAGCCUAAAAGCUUACGCUUUUAAGUUCUUACCUCCUCCAAUAUAGUAUUUUUCUUUGA